CCGGGUGCCCGGCGCCCCACAGCGGCCGGGCAGGUCGCGCAGCCUCUGCAGAGCCCCGGGAAGCGCCCGGGCGAAGAGGAGGAGCCAGGGGCACCGAGCGGGUGGAGUCGGGAGCCUGAGAACGGUGGAGGCGGAUUUCCUGGGCCCGGCUCGGUGGGGCUACUAUGGCGUUUGGGAAGAGUCACCGGGAUCCCUAUGCGACUUCCGUGGGCCACCUCAUAGAAAAGGCUACAUUUGCUGGAGUUCAGACUGAAGAUUGGGGCCAGUUUAUGCACAUCUGUGACAUAAUUAACACUGCCCACGAUGGGCCAAAAGAUGCAGUAAAAGCUUUGAAGAAAAGGAUUUCCAAAAACUACAAUCAUAAAGAAAUCCAACUCACCUUGUCACUUAUUGACAUGUGCAUGCAGAACUGUGGUCCAAGUUUCCAGUCUCUGAUUGUGAAGAAGGAAUUCAUUAAAGAUAGUCUGGUUAAGCUGCUGAACCCCAGAUACACCUUGCCAUUAGACAUUCAAAAUAGAAUCUUGAAUUUCAUUAAGACUUGGUCGCAAGGUUUCCCAGGAGGCGUGGAUGUCAGCGAAGUGAAAGAAGUGUACCUCGACCUUCUUAAGAAAGGUGUUCAGUUUCCUCCCUCAGACGCAGAGGCUGAAACAGCAAGACAAGAGGCCACUCAGAUCUCCUCGAACCCACCAACAUCUGUUCCUACGGCACCAGCUCUUUCCUCUGUAAUUGUUCCCAAGAGCUCUACUCUUACGUUGGUCCCAGAACAGAUUGGAAAGUUGCACAGUGAAUUGGAUAUGGUGAAAAUGAAUGUGAGAGUGAUGUCCGCCAUAUUGACGGAGAAUAUUCCUGGGUCUGAAAACCCUGAAGACAUAGAGCUUCUCCAGAAACUUUAUAAGACAGGACGGGAGAUGCAGGAGAGGAUCAUGGACCUGCUCAUUGUGGUGGAGAAUGAAGAUGUAACCAUUGAGCUAAUUCAGGUGAACGAGGAUUUGAAUAACGCCCUCCUUGGAUGUGAGAGAUUCACUCGGAACCAACAAAGGAUUUUGGAGCAAAAUAGGAACCAGAGGGAAGAUGCCAAUACUACCAGUGAACCUUCUGCCCCCUCCUGUGAUCUCUUGGACCUUAGGCUUAGUCCUCCAAUGCCUAGGGCCACUCUGGGAGAACUCAACACCAUGAAUGCUCAGCUUUCAGACUUAAAUUUCAGCUCUCCAAGUCCUGUUGUAACAAACAACUUGAACCCCAGUCUUCAUCCACAGGUGGAUUUGCUAGCCUUGGAAAAUACAGAAACACCCCUGUUUGCCCAAAGGACCAGCCAAAACGUCACUUCAAGUCCUACAUAUGAAAGUUUUCCAGAAUAUUCAAAUUCAGUACUACAGCCAGUUAGUCUGCAGAGCAUUCCGGCAACACCAUCAAGCCAGAGACUACCUUCCCUGCCCAGCAAUCAUCCAGCAAUGCCAAAGAAUGAUCUCCAGCCACCCAAUUACUACGAGGUAAUGGAGUUUGAUCCCUUAGCUCCUCCUGUCACUACAGAAGCUGUUUAUGAAGAAAUUGAUAUUCAUCACCAGAAAGGAGCUCAAAGUCAUAGCGACUGUUGAGGUGAAAGUCGAUGACCAGCUCACUAACUACAUCAGCGGUGCCAACUCUCUAAAAGGUAGACCCUGUGCAGCUUUGAGGCACAGAAGACAAGACCUACCAGUACAUCAGAAGCUUGGUGUGGAACAUUUCUCCUCUGUAAUAAUGAAGCUUCACAGAAGAGUAACAGUUCCAGAGGAACAUUUAUGCUUCCGGGCCACAAUUUAAACUAUCUCAAAAGAACCUGGUUGUAACAUAUAUUCACUUAAAACUUCAGCAGAAGAAAAAAUCCAUUGUACUGAGGCCAACUAGUUUAAUGAUAGCAUCUUAGGUUUCACAGGGCUUCCUACCUUUAGAAAAGAAAUCCUCACACAGCUGUGAUAAGAGUAGAUGAAGAUUAUUUUAUUACAAAAUAAUUAUGAAGACUAUUGAGUGCCUUCAUUUAACUAAGUUGAAUGUAAAAGUCAAUUUGUACUUUUUAUAAAUGAUACUUGUUUAGAAUUAUGACUUGUAAAAGACUUCAUGAUUGUAGUUUGUAUUUCAGGUACCUUGAAGAGGCCACUGGACUCUAUUAAAGUUGCCUUUAAAUAUUCUUUAUAAUACUAGAUGAUCUUUUUUCUCCCCUUUUUACUGUAAUAUUUCUAUUUGGAACAAACACUACUAGAAAACAUUCAGAAUAAAUUAUGCAUUCAUUUAUGUCAUAAAUUACAAUGACAAAUUACUAUUAAAACAAUUUAAUAAAUCUUUUUUUCUUUACAGAGUUUGUUCAGAGAACUUCCGAUGUGAAUCUUCACAAUUCCACACUUACAUUUUAACAUUCAGGGACUUGAACUAUCACAGGAAAUGCUAUAAUACUAGUAAACAUAUUUGUGCAUUUUAUUUCACUUUCAUGAUGCCAAAAUUUCAAAAUAUUACUCAGAAUAUAAAAUAGCC